AUGACGGAGCAGCCGCCGAGCGAGGCGGCCUGCAGUGACCCCCCGCUAGAGGGACGGGACGCGGCCGAGGCCCGCAUGGCCCCCCCGCACAUUGUCCUGCUGAACGGCGUCGCCAAGGAGACGAGCCGCGCGGCUCCCCUGCCCGGAGACGGCCGCAUGGUGCAGCUGAGCCCGCCCGCGCUGGCGGCCCCCGCCGCCCCGAGCCGCGCGCUGCUCUACAGCCUCAGCCAGCCGCUCGCCUCGCUCGGCAGUGGGUUCUUUGGGGAGCCUGAUGCCUUCCCAAUGUUCUCCACCAACAACCGUGUGAAGAGGAGACCUUCUCCCUAUGAGGUGGAGAUUACUGAUGGUCCCCACACCAAAGUCGUUCGGCGCAUCUUCACCAACAGCCGGGAGCGGUGGCGGCAGCAGAAUGUGAACGGGGCCUUCGCUGAGCUCCGCAAGCUGAUCCCCACGCAUCCCCCAGACAAGAAGCUCAGCAAGAAUGAGAUCCUCCGCCUGGCUAUGAAGUACAUCAACUUCCUGGCCAAGUUGCUCAAUGAUCAGGAGGAGGAGGGCACCCAGCGGGCCAAGCCUGGCAAAGACCCAGUGGUUGGGGCUGGUGGGGGUGGCGGUGGGGGUGGUGUGCCCCCAGACGACCUCCUGCAGGACGUGCUUUCCCCCAACUCCAGUUGUGGCAGCUCCCUGGAUGGGGCAGCCAGCCCAGACAGCUACACAGAGGAGCCAGCAUCCAAGCACACAGCCCGCAACCUCCAUCCUGCCAUGCUGCCCGCCACUGAUGGAGCUGGCCCUCGGUGAUGGGUCUGGGGCCACCCAAGGGACCAGCUAGGAGGGUGCCCUUAGGCCACCGGGAUGGUGGGCUUCAGGGCAGGUGGUGCAAGCCUUGGGCAGCUCUGAAGUGGGCAAUGGACUUGAUGACCUUUCCUUGAUGUCUGAACUUUGGGAAGCCCUAACUGACCCUGGGGCUGGCUUUUCUGUUUACUGCCCCUAUAGGAGAACAAAAAAUGGAGCAAAGUGGUAGGUACUUUUUAUGAAGACGGCACGGUCUUCCCUUUCCCCAAAUCCCUAAGACUUUCCAAGUAAGAGGCUCAAGUGUCACUGCUUUCGGCCUGGAGUUUGGGAACCCUGUCUUUGUUGAGACCUGGGGUUGUCAGCUCUCCCCUGAGGCAUCCACCAGCCUCUGCCUUGUCUUCAGCCCUUCCCAUGCUGGCUGGGGUGGCUUGUGUGGCCACUUCUAUCCAGUACAUAGGUACCCAAUAGCUGUCCAUUUCUUAAGCCCCAUCUUCACCCAGGCUUAUGCUGAGCCAUCUAGCUUGCCAGCUGCUGCAGACAGUCCCAAGACUUCAGGUGCCUUCCUCAGGGCCUGGUUGAGGAAGACGGCCAGUGGACAGCCUGCUCUUGGCUAGCUGGGACAGAGGGACAGAGAGUCCAGUAGCCCUUACUCCUUGCCCUGGGGAUCAAAGCUCUGCUUCGUCCCCACUGAGACUUGCCUUCCUGAUCCUUGUGGCUGUGGGGACUGAGUCUGCAGCCGUGAGUGUGCCCUCUUGGGCUUUAUGUGAAGGCAGAGGAAGGGCUCUGGGAAAAAUGAUAGAGUGAAAUGGAGCAAAAGAUAUUUUGGGCAUAUGGGCUUCAAAUCCAGCUGGCGUCUCAGAGUGACGUGCCUGUAUUCUCGGCUACACGUCACUGUUCGUGCUGGUGGGCAUGUGCCAGGGUGCUGAUGGCAUACGGUGGUGCUGAGUAGAUGUAGCCGUGUCUGGGCAUUCUCCUAGAUGCUUAGAGGGACCACCCUGCUGCAGGAUGUCUGUUUGCUUGUGGUCUGGUCUAUGUCCUGAAUUGAGCACAGACUCUGUCCUAUUAAUUCCUUGAAUUUGGAUUUUUGUUUAACUUUAGUUAUUGUUGGGAUCUUUAGGUCUCGAUAUGACCCAGGGUACAGCCCCACUUCUAGGGCUUGUGGAGUCCAAUCAGAUACGAGGCCCUGGCUGAGACCCAAACACGUGUAUAUUCACUUGGUCGAAUCUUUAACAUCGCUUGACAGUGCAGCUUUCAGUCAUCAAGGGUGUAUAUGCAAGGUUGGCUUCAUGCAAUAGGAGGGCCCCCCCAAAAAAGUUGUACAUGAAAGUUUUUGUAAAUCACAUCUUUACCCUUCAUCUUUUAAAGAGAUGCAACAGCAAGUCCUUUUGUAAAAUGAAGAAUCCUUUUGUAGAGUGGAUCACUACCCCCUCGUUUAUCUCCUGUGUCAAUCCAGAUGGUAAAAUGUGGUCUUCAUAAGGCUAGGCCUGCCUGUAGCUUGCAUUCCAAGUCCAUGGAACCAACUGCACGAAAGCCCUAGAUACCUGUUAUUGUACCCUCAAGUCUCCCCCAGCCCUCUCCCACCAGGUCCUGCCUUUGAGGUCAGAGGAAAAUGAUUGUAUGGCCCUGCCCUUUUGUUCAAGAACCCAUCACUCUGGCUCUCGGGAAAGCCCCUCACAC